AGAAAAUAACAAGUGUUUUUUCAUAACGUUAUUGUCACUAUUUUAACUACAAAUAUCAGAACAAUAGCGUGAGUGACAGCGUCAGUUAACGUGUCAUUUGUAGUCGGAACUCAAAAUGUUCCAUUUUUAUGAAGGCAACAUUCGUUUGUGGCGUUGACUAGAAAACUUGUCUGUGUUCACUUAAAAGACUCCCGCAACUUUGAUGUUUUUUUUUUCCUCCGAGAUCGUUUUACUGACACAGAUGGCUAUUAAUUAGCUGAAGAGGGUCAGGUCAUCGUGGAAUCGCGUGGGGAGUUCCAGAGAAGCCACACGUUGUUGUUUGGACAAGAACAAGUACUUGUAAGCAAAAGCGCGAAACGAGCUAACAAACAUCUAAGCUAGCUCUUUGUUGACACUGCCAACUGUCAAACUUCCAUCAAGAAACGUCAACUUCACAACUUUUAAUAGCCGCUAACAACUAUUUUGACUUUUUUUUUAAUUUAAAUCGACGUUUCUGCAACUGUGACAUGACAACAAAAGGAGGCUUCACCGGACCACCGAUAAACCCGAGCGUGAACCCCAUGAAUAUUGGACACGCUGCCGGCUUGAGGAUGCCAGGAAUGCCGCAAACUCCUGGAGGGUACCCCCGCUCCAUGACUGGCUCACCCCAGUACCCCCAGCGUCCAGGAAUGACCCUGAACAGAGUUGGUGGACACAUGGGGUCAAUGGGUGGUCAGCUCCCGGGUCCCUCUUAUGGUGCUGGUGGUGGCGUCGGCAUGCCCAUGCGACCGAGCAUGGGGCCCCCAUCCAUGGAUGUGUCUCGGAAGCGGUUAUUUCAUCACCACCACCACCAUCAACAGCAGCAGCAGCAAGAGGCGCUUGGCAGACGAGGGGCAAAAAGACGUAAGAUGGCUGACAAGGUUCUCCCACAAAGAAUCAGGGACCUGGUCCCAGAGUCCCAGGCCUACAUGGACCUCUUGGCUUUUGAGAGGAAACUGGACCAGACCAUCGCCCGUAAGCGUAUGGAGAUACAGGAGGCUAUCAAGAAGCCCAUUAUGCAGAAACGCAAGCUGAGGAUCUACAUUUCCAAUACGUACACCCCUUGCAAGCCUGAGGGCGAGGAGGCAGAGAAGGUGUCCUCCUGGGAAUUGAGAGUAGAAGGAAAACUUCUGGAGGAACCUGGCAAGCAGAAGAGGAAGUUCUCGUCUUUCUUUAAGAGCCUGGUCAUCGAGCUUGAUAAGGAGCUUUACGGACCCGACAACCACUUGGUGGAGUGGCACAGAAUGCCCACCACUCAGGAGACGGAUGGUUUCCAGGUGAAAAGACCCGGUGACGUGAACGUCAAAUGCACCCUGCUGCUAAUGCUUGACCACCAGCCUCCCCAGUACAAACUGGAUCUGCGGCUAGCGCGUCUGCUCGGCGUGCACACGCAGACGCGGGCCAGCAUCAUGCAGGCCCUUUGGCUCUACAUCAAGAACAACAAGCUGCAAGAUAGUCACGAGAAGGAGUACAUCAACUGCAAUCGCUACUUCAGACAAAUCUUUGGCUGCUCUCGCAUGAGGUUCUGUGAGAUUCCCAUGAAGCUGGCUGGUCUUCUCCAGCACCCUGACCCCAUUGUUAUUAAUCACAUGAUCAGCGUGGACCCCAAUGACCAGAAGAAGACAGCCUGCUACGACAUCGAUGUGGAGGUGGAUGACCCUCUGAAGGCCCAGAUGAGCAGCUUCUUGUCCUCUACGACCAACCAGCAGGAAAUUGCUGCACUGGAGAUGAAGAUACAUGAGACGAUUGAGUACAUCAACCAGCUGAAGACGGAGAGAGACUUCAUGCUGAGCUUCAGCAACAACCCUCAGGACUUCAUCCAGGACUGGCUGAAGUCUCAGUGCAGAGAUCUGAAGCUGAUGACGGAUGUGACUGGGAACCCAGAGGAGGAGAGGAGGACUGAGUUCUAUGAGGCGCCAUGGAUGCCCGAGGCAGUGGGCAGAUACAUCUACUUCAAAGUGCAGCAGAGGAGACAUGAGUUGGAGCAGGUUCUAGGGAUCAGACUCACCUGAACGCAUCUCCCCAAGGGGUGAUCCAGUUGAUCCAGUUUACACGUACAUUCCUAUUCUAGCUUCUGAAUGCAAGUAUCCUGCACCAAAGCCAUUUGAAGUGUCAUAAUGUUCUUUUGUUUUUGUUUGCCCUGCCUUGAGCCUUUUCUGCAAUAUCAUGCGUUUAUGGUACAAUGCUUUUAGUGUCUCUCUUUACCAGCGCUCUUAAUUUGAAAGGGUGUCUGUUUAUCUGUAUUUUAAAGCCAUAUAAUUUUGUUAUGUGUUGAUAUUCUCUGCACACUUUGAAGCUGUGGUAGAAUACAACAUUUCUUUCCUAAAAAAUUGGAAUAAAGGUAUAUUUUCAUGUGGAAAAAUAUGUUUUGCAUGCAAAACAAUGUUUUCUUUUUCAGGGGUAUGGUUUGUCUUUAUUUUGAUUUUUUUAUAUAUAUUAUGAAUGUUUACAUAUUGUUGUAAUGUUGCAUUUGAUAAUCUGUGGGGGUUUUUUUGUUGCAAAGGGGUUAGUUACUUUCCGAAUACUAUAUUUGUAUUUGUGCAAAAUUGUUUGCUACAGAAGGCACUUAGCAUUUUAUAAAUGUUGCUACUUUUUGCAUGUUUUUGGGGUACUUUCUACAAUAAACAUACAAAUACACAUAAAUUUUAGUGUCUUUUGUAUGGUACAGGAGGUGAGAUUAUGCUUUGUGCAUGUUUGGACUAGCCAGAGUCCUCAGGGGCUUUCAGUUAGCACUUAAAACUGGUGUUUCUGGUCCUGUUUUGUCCCGACGAAUUAUAAUUACUUUUCUAAUAAUUAAAUAUGUGAGCACAAUUUUGUUGAAAUAAUUGAACACUUCAA